AUGCCAUCUAAGUCCGUAGACGACAUCUCAGAUGGUGAUGGUGACGGCGGUAGUGGCGGUAGUGUUGAUGGUGGCGGUGAGGGUGGUGUUAGUGCUGGUAAUGGUGGCGGCGUCGGCGGUGGUGGUGGUCCAUGCAUCGACCAAGGUCCAUUGCGUCGAAACUGUCCCUCAAGUAAGUCCACGAAAUGUACAACAAUACACAAUUUCUCAAGAAACCUAGUCACACAACAAUGUCUAAAUAUGUGAACUAGCAUAUUACUCAGCCAGAUGCAGACGUAGAUUUCAGAAUUCAACUGCAUUCAAGGGAACGUCCUAAAAUGGUUCAUUUGCGCUUUUGAAUGUAACUAAAGUAGUUGGUUAACUCUGAAUGGCGGUUUCCUCGAUGACACAAUUCAUGCACAAAUAAUGUCUGUUAAUACGAGAAACAGUUGAGCUUUUAAAGGCGUAGAACCUAUAAACGUAUCAUUAACGAUAAACCAUAUCACAGCAGCAACAAGGAUAGACAUUCUAUAUUACAUAAUAUAAAAUAGGUGGGUUAACGCAUGAAAUUUCAUUCGAUAUUCAGAAUUAUGUUUUCCCUUCAAAACGAUAAAUCAAAUAUUGUUUUAAUACUAACCAAUGUGUAGCAGAAUUCUAUAAAACUUCAGUUACCGCAGCAGGAUACCUUUCGUUUGAACAUUUUCCGGCCGCAUACAAGAGUCAUACUCCAUUAAAAUCGAUUACAUAAGCACCAUGCAUUUUUUUUCAUUUUUCGAUAUCCUUAAAAUUUCAAUGAUAAUUCAUAAAAACAUUCACAACAAUAAUCAUUAUCUUACUCUUUCGGUAGGACUCAACGUUUACAUUCCAAAAGUCAACUCAACGUCUGUACAUACUGUAGUGAAGCGGAAGAUAUUGUUGUCAAUUUGAAAUAUUUGAUAAAAAAAUCAUAUCAAAAUAGAAGAACGAUCAGGUCCUAUCGACCCCAAACAUUAAGGGGCGUUGAGGUAUAUCAAGAACGCCAGAGGAGCCGUCAGCGCUUUUCCACACCUCUUGAAUAAAGUGUUGCGUUGAAACCUGUUGAAAACCCCAGGCGUUGUCUACGAGGCCGAACAAUCAAUUGGCAGGACAGAAAACGUCCGGAGUCGUUGAACGCAUUAAGUGCAGUAGUGGAAGGGAAAACCCCAUCGACGAACUUGGCGGUUUCUUCAAUCACGGAUGGCCGAAACUACCGUCACAGUAAGGAAGACGGAUAGCAGCUCACAGACCGCAGCUAAUUUGACGGAACGAUCCACAUAUUCAACUCCAUAUAGACGGUAAUGUACGUGAGAAAAGGCAACCAUGUGAGUUGCGAACUUCCCCAGUCAAUACGCUUCAGCCAUCUAUUGAUUAACAAACGCACUUAAGAGCACCUUCAUAUUCUGUGUUGAGAAUAGACCGGUUAAGCGUCGCAAGGGCUAACAUAGUCUGUAAGUGGUGUAACUGAUAGAAGAGAUUAUGGUUACUACGUUCUCCUUAUUACCGAACCCUAAAUUCAUAUGUAGUCAGGAUCUCAAAUCUAGAUAUGUAAAACUGACUGGGUUUAAUUAAUAAGAGAUGUUUUGCAAACAUGACGUGUACAGUCUGAUCACUUAACAUCAAAUAAAAUGCUGGUUGAAUUGUAUGUUUGAAUGAUCUCAUGUUUCUGCUUCACACUACUCGGUAUCCUUACCCAAUUUAGGGGAAUCAGGAAACCUCGCAUUCGACAGGUGGGACAGGAUCAAAAUGUCACUAGCAUCAUCGGGAUGGGUAAUCAUCGGGAGAUGGCACCCAAAAAAUCCGCCUAACCAAUACAGCCUGCCUUACGGGACAGGUGGUAAUUGGGGUUUUAUUGAGGGUUGCUGGUCAGGAUGUAGGAUACCAGCCGACAGAAAGCAUUAUUUGAACAGAUGAAUGAUCGAUCUUGGCCCGCUUACCUUUCCUUUAUUACAAAUUGUGUCGCCAAAUUCAGUAUAGUGGUAACGGACGAAUGGAAGGCGUAUAAUCGUCUUCACUCAGAAGGUUAUCUACAUUUAUCUGCUAACCACUCAAAGAACUGCAAGGUCCCUACAACCAGACGGCACACCAAUGCCACUGAGGCAUAGUGGAGUAGACUGAAAUGAAAACUCCACGACGGAGGCCCUGUAUGUUGUCGAGCUGUGUGGGUUCACAUAGACGAAGUACAUUAUCGUCUUUGGAUUGGCCUCAAUGCCAUGUCUUUCACAGGUGCCUGGGAACUGUUCCUGUCCCAUGUUGUGCAGACUUAUCCUAUUUACACGAGUUUUUGUUUUGUAAUAAAAUGCCAUAAUGCGAAUGCAAGGCGUAUAUUCUGGAGUACGUGUCUAACGAUGGGGAAGGUUAGGUAACAGCGACUAUCGCCCAUGUAAUCUUCCGCGAUGCUCAUCCGGCGAGCCCAUGUUAGGCCGUCGCGGAAAGUCCAAGGAGUGCACGAAGGUAGGCCUUCAAACGCUGAUAUAGGCUGAAGGCGUUUGAGUCCACUGGUCUCACACGCGUACGGGCGCCAGAGAGACCAUGCGUUUAUACUGCACUCUUACCAUGGUAACUGUACCGAAAUGUGCAGUAAGUGACUAACGUAAUAUUAGUUAUCUACGCCUUGAUUUUUAUGAGUAUGGACCUGUUUUGGUCGUCAAUAUAAGUUGACUCGCUGGAGGAAAUUAUUUUUAUUUAGGUUCUCAUCGUAAUGUCACGCAGAAUAUUAUGCCGUCUUGCGCUGUCUGCAUCAAAGGCGUCGAACAUUUUCGUUGUGAGCAGAAUUGCUUGCGUGGACUAAUUUUAUAAAUAUAUGUUGACUGUGAACACAGGCAAAAUAUUUUGCACAAUUUAUGAUGUUCUUAACUUCUGCAUGUGCUGUGUGUCGUAAUAGCACAUAUUAUAUACCUUAACGCGAACUUCAGAGUAAUUUUUGGCGACGAUCGGGUGAACGACCCCAACACACACACACACAACCAGCCAAAAGUGCCGGUCUGGCGGGAAACGUGGCAACAGGGUGUUUACUGGCGGGGCACCAGACAGUCCACACCGAUCGUUUCUCUGAGCUGAGGUCAUUGUAGAUAAUGCACCAAACCGUCAACAACAGACGAUUCAACGUUAGUGUUUAUUUUUUAAGUUGUCCUGUUUAAUUUCGGUUUGCAUAUGUCAAUGCAUUUCAACUUUUCCGUCCGAAAGACGAAUUUACCGAUCAUCCAUACCUAUUUUUCCAUUCCUCCAUGCAUACAUAGCCCCCACAAGUAAAACCCCUUAUUACCACCUUUUCCAUAAGAGAGGCUCCGUUGGCUGAUCGUUUGUAUUUGUGGUCCUUCACCCGACCGUUGUCUUAUUAUUUUGAGACUUCGCGUGGUUCUUCAGUCAGGGCAAGUUGUUGAGUCUUGAAUGUAUCUUAUGCUAGCCACCUGCAAGGAAAAAACUCGCCAGAAGAUGAUUACUUUAUCACUAUGCAUUUUCCCUACCGAUUGUCGAUGCACUGGUACAUUCGAAUAAAUGUUUAAGAACGGCCUUAUAAAACGAACAUUUCCUGCAUUUAUUUUGCAGUAUAUCACGUUUUUUAAAGUUUACACAUCAAGAGGCAAUAUCUUUUGUUUGUACAAAAGCACUUGAUUUUUGAAUAAAUUUGAACUCAGUCUGCCUUCAUAUUUUCGUAUUGUUUUCGCUAUUCGCGCUGCAUGCAUUCAGUGUAAAGAAGGAAUUGCUCCUCUGUGUGAUAAUACGGGCGAAUGUCAACGAGAUUAACGGUUUCUAAGAGUUAAGGUUAGGAUUAAGGGUAAUGGCUAGGAUUAGCGUCAGCAUAGUUUAUGACUCCGUAUCAUUUCCGCUCUCCAUAACAAGGGUUUUAUGAUAAGGACGGAAAACCAUAUGUCAUCUCAGGCUGUCUGUAUCGAAUUUGCAAUAAUUGUCAUUUUGUUUGGAAUUCCAUGCGUGGUGUACAUUUAUAAACAUGUGUUGACUGUAAGUAUAGGCGAAAUAUGUUGCACAAAUAAGGACGUCAUUAUCUUCUGCAUGUGGUGUGUUUUCUAAUAAAACAUAUUCUGUACCUUAAGCAGACGCUGAGUCUUAAUGUCUUACAGCUUCGUCUCGUAUCUUAGACAGGGCAAGGUGUUGUAUUUUCAAUGUAUUUUACGCUAGCCACCUGAAAGGAACGCAUUCGAAAGAAGGUGAUUAAUUAAUUAGUAUGCACUUACCCUAUCGAUUGUCGAUGUCGUUGUUCAUUCGAUAUAUUCCAAUGGAACGCAUUAUAAAGCAAUUCUUUCUAGAAAUUAUUUUCUAGUAACUCAUGUCUUAUUUAUAGUCCACACUUAAGGGGUUGCACUUUUAGUAUGUAUAGAACGUUUGAAUUCUCUAAGAAAUGUGACCUCAGUCUGCCGGUAGAUUUUCGUAUUUGUUUUCGGUAUUCACGCUGUAUACAUUCCGUGUAAAAAGAACUUACGGUCCUUUUUGCCAUUAGGGACGAGUCUCUAAGAGAUCAGGGUUUUUUAGGAGGUAAGGUUACAUUAAGGGGUAAUGGCUAAGGAUUGGGUGAGCAGGGGCUAUGAUUCUGUAUAUUUCUGCCUUACGUAAUAACGGUUUUAGGGUUACGACGAGCGUUAUGGUGGCAUUGUGGGUUUAAGAUAGACAUUACGGUUAAUGGCGGGCUUAUAAGUUGGGGUUAGUUUGACUGCAUGUGGUUAAAGUCAUUGACAGACAUUGCAUAGUUUUUACCGUAAGGACUUAGGACUGCCUAUCUGCAGCAACCGUGGAUGCACAAUCAAGCUAAAGUUAGCCUCGUUAGAAAGAAAACAAACAAAGAGUAAACAAAGAAAGCAAUUUGCGAUCGCCGACUCUGCUCUCUGUUCACACCCUAAUGGAAAUUACAGUUUCUCGGUUUACACCCCCUUAUUGCCCGUGUUGAUGGAGUAGGAGUGUUCAGUAUUCAAACAUGAGCGACUAAUAUUUCCAGAAAUUGCGCCUCCAAUCGCGUCUUUGUUGACAUCUCUGUUGGCGCAUACAUAAAUUCGCCUGUGAAGCAUAGGAAAACGGCCGAAAAUUAGUCGUCAGCGGAGCUUGCUUCGUCACAGUGAAGGGAUUCUGUAAAUUACAUCUGUCGUCCGCGCAUGCAGAAUUACCAUUCGAUAGAGUCAUAUUUCAGUGGUGGACAACCAAAGCGUCGGAUAGUUUAAAGUAUUCGCACGUGCGCUGAGAACGCCUAAGUUACAGGAACUAAGCCCUACGAAUGUUAUAACGUGCUUAGGUAACUCAGUUGCACAUUAACGAUGUUCCACCGCAUAUGUCGUGUCAGAGUAGUCUAACCGUUUACUCACCCUGCCAGCGAACUAUCGGGAGUUCAGUCUCCCAAUAGUUCGACUUCCAGAGCAAAGAAUGAAGUGUAUUAAACUAAAAAAUGUAAUAAUUCAGAGCAGAUAAACGCGUCGGCGUUCACACUGUGCGAAUGCGGGACAAGCUUCCACAAACUUCUAUUAAAUAUUUUAAUCUUUUUGUAAGAAAUAAAACUAAUAAUUGUAAAAAACGUAAAUGCUCGUAAUUAUCCUUAAGUCAUGUAUGCCAUUUAAUGGUCAUUUACUAGGUAAAUCACUUCAAUACCGUCUCUGGCAAAUAGCGAGUGCACAUGUGUUACCCAUUUCUGUAUUUCUUUUGAUAAAGUCAUUUCAUAGUUCAAGUUAUUCUUAUGCAGCUUUUAGCAACACUCCGUGAUGCCAAAGAAAAGACAAAUGGAUUACUGAUUACGUAAGAAUUUAUUUUCGCUUGUGUCUCUAACGCAGUUGUUCUUUGUAUUCACUCAGGUAAUUUACACACGCCCAAAGACCUCAAUGGCAAUGCUGCCUGUGCAAUAGAAUGUCAAUCAAAAAAAGUUUGAAUACGCGCUUAGAGGCCAAUUGCUAAUCGGCAUGUGAAUAGGGGUUAUGCGUUUGAAUUUUUCACCAAAUGUCCAACGCGCGUUUUACACGCACAACUGCUGAUUGGCUGGUUGAAAUGCCGUGCCGAAUACCAUAAAGAUUACGGCUGUUACAGCCGUGAAUGCGCAAUAAAAUGCAAAUAGAUUUGUUUAUGAGUCGUUAAUAGUCAGUCGCUAAACAAAAAUGCACCAAUACGCUCCGCGCCCGAAUAGACUUGUGAUUUAUUACCUCUUGGCGAUAGCUCUCCUCUGUUAUCUAUUUACUGCAAGAUGGUUGAUCGUCAUCCCCUCGGAGGUUUCCAUAAUCAGAAAUGCAAGUAACUGCCAUUCCGGUUGGCAGCGUCUCGAGUACUGGCCUGAGACAAACAUUUACGAGUUGUCACUCGUAAUGCAGCUGAUGAAGUACAGCCACGUCGGUAGCAGAAGUGCCGACCGGUUUGUCCUCGCCCGACGAAUCCGACGACGUCGUUCACACCGACGUACAUAAACUUUUGAUGACAUGGCGGAGAUUGAGGAUUACAACUGGAGACGCCCGAUUCCUCGUUCGGCCUACCUACUCUAUCCACAGGCAUAGAAUAUGAAGCAGGUAGUGGCAAGCAUUAGGAACUGCUCUCUUAUACCCGAGGUAGGUACAAUUGCGCUGUAUCUAUAGCAAGGGAACUUUAAAGAACACCUAUAUUGCUGUCUCUGCUAAUUUUGAAUGCAGUUCGACGUCAAGCUGAAUGCAGUCCCUGGUGUUUGGCUGCACGCACUUUAUAGUUUUCGGCAGUCCAGCUGCGUGAAUCUUAAACUAAUCGGUUUGCUAGGGUACAAAGUAAUUUCCCAAGAAGAAGACUUUGUGAUCUCAUCGGAAAUGUCCAUGUCUUCAAAAUUUUCCAGGCAGAUAUGUCCUGCCUUUAGAGUAUAUUGUGCGCAGCGGGUCAUGUACAAACACAGACGUCAUGUUGGUGGCAUUUUUAAAUGCCGAUUAUUUAAACGUCAUGUGCAGAUGAUCGGCGGUCUGCAAAUAGGCAGGAAUUAAUAAGCGCCAUCGUCUACAAUCAUGUUAGCUAAUUAAGAUAAACCAAUCGGAUGGCCUGUUCACUUUAAGGGCAAGUAUAUGGAUUAGGAUUAUUUUGAAUAUUCUUCACCUUCAAGAAAACUAUGUUCCAGAGAGGGUUCAUGUACUUAAACUAUCCCUUAACGCUUGAACAUGCGUUCCUUUCACUUCAGUUUUCUUCUGUGUUUAAUGCGUUUGGCGGAUAUUUUGAACUCCCUACAAGAUUCACUAACGUCAGAAGAGAAUGCCUAUGUCUGAAUUAUAUUUGGAUUUUUAAAUGACUGAAUGAAUGUGGACAUAAAGUAAGUUACUGUUGUAGUAAAUGUUCGAAUUCAAUUAUUCCCAUGUUUGGGUACUAGGGUGGUGACGUAAGAUUUCCCACAUUUGGACAAUCAGUAAGUUACAUAUGUUACUCGAGGACAUAAAUAGAUGAAAUGCUGGCAUGGGCUUAUUGGCAAAAUCGAUACAAAAAUAUCACGCGAGAUAUUGUUCGGCUAGAUCAUUUCGAGGGGAAUUAACUUAUUAACUGACGAAAAUCAAUAACACUCAUAUAUUACAUUGCGUCCCAUUAUUGAUUGUCCACUUUCCCUUGGCAGGCCCCCAUAUUCAACCAAAAAUCCGAUUUCUAAAUGUCAGCUCGACCGUCUGCGUGCCAGGGCAAUCAGUCGAUAGUACUCUGGAUGCCAUUGUGAUAGUGAAGUCCGCUGUCUACAAUUUUGCUGAUCGGGAUCGUAUACGGAGGGUUUAUGCUAAAGGAACCCAUCGCGAUUCUGAAUUCCGCAUAGCUAUAGUCUUCUCAGUAGGACUACCCCGAAGCAGCGGGGGUCGGUUCUUUCAACGUGACGGCUUCAACAUCUCACUGCCAGACCGGGCAGGAGAGGCCAUGGAGAAGAUGAAAACAAGGAGAUCAGAGGUUCUGAGAAAUCUAACAGAAGAAGCUAGAGUGAACGGCGAACUCGUACUGGGAGACUACGAGGACAUCUAUUACAAACUCAGUCCUAAAUUAUUCCACACGUUCCAAUGGGCCUCUCAUUUCUGUCUUCCGCAUUUCACCUCCCAAAAACGACUUCCUGUCUUCAUAUACAUUGAUGAUGAUUUCGCCUUCAAUGUGGGCCUUUUGAAGGCCGAAUUGAGGGUCCUCACUGACACACAAAUUCGACGGGUGACUUGGGGCUUUCUACAUAAUCAUAUGAAGGUAAGACGUGUGAUACCAUUAAAAGUCACAUCAAAGUGGUUCGUUUCUAAGCGCGAGGUGCCCUGGUCUUACCACGCUCCCUUUGCCGCAGGCCAAUUUUACGUCAUGGGCGCUGAUGUUCUGCAGGAAAUUGCAAUAGCCAUGUACUUCACUCUGCAGUUUCCAAUAGACGAUGCCUGGUUGGGCUUGGUCAUGGCGAAGUCAGAUGUCUAUUUUCAGUCUUGUCCACAUAUGUACAUACAGUUACCACAGGGUGUUAGAAAGGAAUUGGUUCUGUUUGCACCGCUCGACUACCUCUUUCCUUUACAAUGACUUAAAUGGAUGCUUACUCUAUUAUUUUCGUGUGGAAGACAUUCCUAACUGAGCCAAAAAUAUAUGCAAUACUACCCUAUUUUUAUAAUAAUUUCAAAUGGGGAAUCUUAUAUUUUUGGGAUAUGGUUCGGUCGCGGAUGAGAUUGGUAAACUUGUUGCAUCGAUUUCAUAAUCAUUGUUUUAGUUUUGCCCGUAUAUUAAAGGAGUAUUCUAAAAAUGGCGCACAUGUGGAGCUAAAGUACAACUGUAGUGAUAAGACAUCAACGUCACAAUAGAAGUGGCUAGAUAACGAUUCAAGAUGUGACAAAAAUAAGAAGACAGGAGGUCAGGUUCCUUAAAUGCAGGGAUGGAUGUAAUGCCGGGUUUAAGACUGCAAAGUUAGAUUUUGGCAGGUAACUGUGUGCGGCUUAUAUGCGUAAGAAGGUAAAUUCAAAUUAUUCGUCAAUUCCGAUGCACUACUAACCCUACAAAGAGACGGAAUAAAAUGAACCUCAAAGAUAAUUGGCUAGAUGUUCAGGGUGAUUUGAUGUCAGAUCAUGAAUGACGAACAAGGGGAAAGAUAAAUGUGAGGAAUAUAGCGUCAAAUGUAAUGGACUUUAAUCGAGAUCUGAAUGAAUUUGAUAAUGUUGAUUGUUCAACAGGAAAACCUUCAAAAUAAUUCCUUACCUAAACCUCAAACGCUACCUAACGAAGCUAUUAGUAAGUUUUAGCAUAUGAUUAAAGUUUCUCAAUACGCGAUAAGAUUUGACAUUCCGGUGUUCUCAACGUAUCUGUAUCCUGUUUGGUAUCGAUAUUGGUUUCGAUUUUAGCGCUUAAAGAGAAAAACGUUGGCUGGCUUCCAGCGUACGUUUGUAUUACACUAUUGACUGGACUGCCACUACUGAUACUUCGCCUUACCCCUCACAAUUCGAGGCGUGACAUUAUUUUCAUCCCGCCGGUUGUAGACGCGAUGACUGUUUACUCAACGAAUGGGCAUGUGCUCGUUCAAGCUAAUCUUUGAAGACGCGACGGCAAUGAUGGCAUCUGUUCGCUUCUGUUUGUGCAUUUUAAUGUCAAAGGGGCUUUGUGAAGGAAGCCUUCAACGACUUACUGAUUAGACGUCGGAUAUAGGCAUCGUCAUCGUGGACACUCAAUAUCAGGCCUAGUAUAAGUCAGCAUUGUCUGUACAGAGACAAAUGUUUUAUUAGCCGUUCACGUUAUGGUUUGCAUUGACAACCAGAUUUCGGGCCGAUAUGAGCUUGACUUUUUGUGCCCACAUCUACGUUUUGAACACUGUCGUUUGCUCAAUUGUUAAGUAUACUUCCCAAACAUAUUUGUUUAUGCCAUUUUGCAUAGGUGAAAUGAUUAUUCCUGCGAGGAGCGCACAUUCAAGCACUUUUCCCAGCGCCAGGGUCAAUGAUGCAAAUGGUCGAACAGUCAUCAUACCAUUAUUUAACUUCACUUAUGGAGCUGUAACGAGAAAUACCUAUAAUGCGUGUCUAUAAACGGUCGUCGCACUAAGUGCAAAAAUCCUCUAUGUAGAGGGGAUACUAUAAUCUUCACAGGUUUCUGAUAUAGUACCAACUGUAUCUUACAAAUUCUGCAGUCCAUUGUGCAUGAACUACUCAUAUCUCCUUCCGUCCCCGAUGAUCGAUUUGACUAGGAAUCGAAAGCAUCAGGCGAAUUAAGUUCUUGUUCCAGUGGUCGUGUAUGCUUCUUCAGAGCGGCUUCCUGGAGCUCGUCUCUUAGCUUCUAUUGACAGUAUUUUUAUACGAUUGAAUAAUUAAUCGAGUGUUUCCCCAAGAGUUCCUGGCCGGGCUUCGAAAGUGCCGAUGGAUGGUUGACCGGGAGUAGGCUAAAUGAUGGGAGUUGACUAUGAAGAAAUGUUUAACAAGUGGUGGCCCAUUGGAGAAAAAAGGGCAGAUCUCUUGUUGCGGGUCAUUUGACGGGAACCGGAUUUCCCUAAUAAUAGUUUGCACAGACUUUGCGAUCACAGUGUUUUGUCAAGCUUCUGUUGUCGACGAAUUGGUUUUACCCAUCGUGUCAUUCUUAUUAGUUAGAUUACGUUAAACAGCUGUUUACAGGUUGACAAAUAGACUAACUACCAAUUUCAUGAAAAUAGAUCUUAUUAGCCCUUCAUUCCGACGGAUUUUCGUAUUGGCUAAACAAAUCCAUUAUCAACUAAUGCUGUAGAGCGCUUCUGAUGGUCUCUGUGUCACGGUUGGGGCUUGCUGAGCGUAGCGUAACGUGAAAAAACAUUGUACUUUACUGUUCAUUGCAUCAUAAAAUACAAAUAAUAAUGAUGGAGUUAUAGCCUAAAAUACGCGCAAUUUAAUUAGAGGAAUAACAAAACGACAGCAAGUAAUAUAACAAACGUAUAACUAUGUCAAGAGUUAGAAUACCCAAAGUAUGUGAAGCGUACAAAAGCGUCGAUUAAUAAUCGAUGGCUGGACGUCCUACUGCACAAUGAAAGUCCUUAGUAAAAUGAAGUUGUAAUUUAUGAUCAUUGAAUUAUUAGUCGGUAAGAUCCAAUUGCAAGUUCUGAUGACGUCGACAUCAGAAAAUCAAAAUUUCAUCCCAUGCGUUUUGACCGUCGCUACUGGAGUUUCGACGCACUUUACUAUAAGGCUUUUAAUCGCGUUACGACAACUAUUCCAUUUAAGGAACCAGUCUAGUUAAGAUUACACUAGCAUUUUCCAAACAAGAAUACGAUUCCUACCGCAAUGUAUAUAUAAUGAUGCGCAUAACGAGAAGGGGCGUAUGCAUUCGGGGAACUCAAGUAAAUAUCUUAUCCCCUCCUCAUCCUCAGUGUCAAUCCAAUUCACAAUGCGAACAGACGGUGGGGUUUCUUUUGCGCAGAUCCGCGGUUGUCAUCUAGGGAGUGGCGGGACAAGGUAGUUGUUUAGUGAUUUAAAAUAAUAAAUUAAUUCAUAUGUUUAAAAUAAGUGAAAUAAUUGUUUAAAAUAUACUCACAUGAUAAUGAGGCUCGCAAAAAACAUAUUUCCUGUGCAAGUGUCUAUAGCAGGUUAACGACGUAUAUCGUCGACGUCAGUCGCAAUAUGCGGCGCCAUGCACACUCAUUGACACGCAAGUUAACACAUUUUACUCUGCCAUAAUUAAUUUUAAGUUUAGGCAAUAAUUAUUCUGUUAUUGUCAGAAUUUCUUGAUAACGAAAAUAAGAACACUGAAUAAUGGUUAUGCAAAAAUCUGGUCUCACUUGCAACGGAAGUGCUGACUAUAUAGUAUUGCUGCUUUUUCUGAAGCAAAUUACCAACCUACGAAAUAGCUAAAGAGUUUAACAAUCUGCAUGGCGGCACACACUUUGCAGUCCACAAUUUUCUUGCUCGCUGAAUUUUCAGACAUUUUAUUUUGGCCCUAGAACUACCCUUCCAAAAUUAGCUUUCAUAUUAACUAAGAAGUUAGUGCAGAUGGUUUCAUUUCGCGUGUCGCAGAAAAACGCCAGAUGGCCCAUACAAUUGCAUAGGAGAUUAUGCAACGGCGUGCAUCAGAAAUGUCGGCAAUUUAUCCAGGAUAAGUUGCAAUAAACAUCCUUAAAUUAGUUCUCUUUUCAAAUAAUAUUCUUGAAAGCUGAAUUGCUGCCAUGAGUUUCGACAUUUCGAAAAAGUUAUCGCUGACACUAAAGGAGGUGUCGUAGAUAGGUCUCAAGGUAGUUGUAUAACACAAUUGAUAUUGUACACUGCAGAUAACUGAUUGCCCCUUGCUGAAUUAGUAAACAAGAUGAAGUAAUGCUUUAGGGGGGCUAAACCAUUCCCUGGAGUAGGAGGGAAUGAUGGGGCAUGAAGAACGUACAAAGCAAUUCGAGGAUUGGAAGAAAAUGGCAAGCCCAAGUGUAUUGAUCAAGUCAGUCACAAACGCCUAUUUGAAGCCCUCGGCCUGGGCACUCGGUGGAUUAAAAAGAAGGAGGGACGGACCUAAAGACAAACUGCAUUAUAAGAGAAGGAGAGUGCAUUCGGAACCGACCAAGCUAACGGAGAGGUUAGAAAACAAGUUAAGCACGAGCGAUACGAAAAUAACAAGGCACAUCCACACAUAUGCUAAAACCCAUUCAUUAGCACAAGUGUGUAAUAUUCAACAAGUGCGGCUGCAUGACCCGAUUUUACCAAUCACGCGGAAUGCUUUCUGCUUCAAUCACUCUAUGUGGGAGGGUGCUAACCUCAAUAUUGCUUCGUAUUCCCAUGGAACAUAUUUGUUGCCUAAAAUCAAAAAUCGCCCACCCAACUUCCUGUUACGAUUUGCAAAACAUCUGCAUUUGAUAAAUGUCCAGGUGACAUUUUUAAAAUGCCAUUCUACCUAUACUGCUACGUUUAUUCAGUUGUUUGCAUGACAGUGCUGUAUGUUCUUUCUACAUGUAACCAAUAGGGAUUUCGAAGGUGCACACCUAUUUUCCCUGAAAUAUCGUGAUAAUUCGAUCGAUACACCUACGUUUACUCGUCUUAUAGGAAUAGUCGUGUUUCAUCAUUCCCGCUUUUCUGAAAUAGUUGCUAUUACUAAUCCACUAAACAGUACUCAAUUUAUUUUUCGCGUUUUUAAGUAGGGACACACCAAUGGUUAUGUGUUUUGGGGGGCGCACUGGGACGUCAUUUCGUAGGACCAACUGUUUUUGCUAAUUUGGCCAACUGUUUAUCGCAUCAUAUAAAUUGAGUCAGAAUUUGUCCGUGCCCUUCCAAAAUAAUUAUAGAAAAAUUGUUUCUUUCAUUAGAGCGAGAGAGAGGAAUUCGCUUUAUUUUGAAAUCAAAAAUUCAAAAUUUGCAGCAAAAAAUUGACAUUUUGCACUAAAUAUAGUUUAUGGUUUAAUAAAUAUAUUAGGAGUCAAAAGGUUUAACGAAAAAGAACGAUUAUUAUGGGGACAGUUCAUGUCUUAGCUUUUGUAUUUCUAUCUCUUAAUAGGUAAGAUAGCGUGUCAGGAAUGCCAAUACAGUAGCUCAAAAAGCCAAUCUGCGACAAGACAUAAAAAGAAGCUGCGAGGCAUCAAAUAUUAAGACAUUGCAGCAAUAAGAUCAGAAUGCAAGGAAAAGGCAACGUCAUCUUUAAUCCAACCAGCAAAUUACUUGGCCAAAGUGAAAUGUCGCUGUAGGAUAAUAUCUUCAAAUACGAUAAGGAACACCAGCGGCAAAAGUGAGCAAUUGGAGUAGUCGCAUUAAUAUUAGAGGAUUCUUUUUGAGCACAGCAGUAAAAAUGAGAGGAGAGUAGUAUAGGAUUAGAGGAGGAAUCCCGGCAUCGAUGAAUCGUUAAACUAAGGGUUAAGGUGUACGGUGAGAGCGUUAACGAGAAAUCUAAUAAAGACGUUCACGAACCUUAGUAAAAGAGACUCAUUAAUUAGGGAAAAUGAGAGAUUUCAGAAAAAGGUAACGCCAAGGUACCUGAUAGAAGAUACCUCAUUUGAAGGAUGUAAGGAGCUUUAGGAUUAGAAGACGGUCACAGUCGGAAAAUACACUGAACUGAUUUUUUGUUGUUCAUUAGGAGACUAUUUACCUCCGACCAUACUAGAACGUGGCUAAGCCAUACUUCGGAGACUGGAGGCGUGUCUGCCUCGUUAGAGGGUGUCUAACAACCACAUCAUCAGCAUACUGGAUUGAAAGGCAAUCAUAAGGGGACCUUAGAUCGUUGGUUUGGAGGGCGAACAGGUAAGAGGAUACAAUGGAACCUUAAUGAACUCCGCAGUCAUUGGGAAGAACAGUGGAUUUGCGAUUGACAGAUGGAACCAAAUGAGUACGGAAACAAAACAUAAUGCCUAAGCCAAGAGACAACCCAGCCUGGAGAGCCGCAAGCGGAUGUUUCGUUAAAGAGAAAAGGACGCGGGACAAUACUGAAGGCUGAGUAGUAGUCAAGAAAAGCACAUGCGUCCACGCGGCAAAACUUGUUAAUUUCUAUUAGAGUAGAAUGUGCCAUAAGUGCGAAAGCAUACAAGGUACUGCGUUUGAAUUUGUUUGCAAAAUGCAAAGGGUCGGAAAAACCGGAAGGAAGAUGUUUUUGUAAUAUCUAAGGCAACUCUUUGAGCAAGCUUCUGUAGUGCGGUGGAACAGGUAAUUGGAUGAAACAAUUAAAAACAAAAAUUAUCGGGUUGUUUCAUGGAUGAGAUUGAUUCUCCUUGUACGCAAGGCAUCAGGAAUUUUAGACUCCAUGAAAAAACAUACUAAUAAGGUGCGUUAAAAACGUGCCAUCAGAGUACAACCAGAUUUAAGCAGAACAGGCGAUAUACCGUCCGGUCCAGCAGCUGGUAAUCCACGGAACUUUUAAGGCGUUUCUCUAUUGUUGCCACAGAAACGGGAUGGAAGGCAUGUGGUGAUAGGGGAAUGUCAUCUCAGUAAAGCUACAAUUUUGAUGUAAGCAGUCUAACUCAGCCUCCAUGUAUACCAGUGUGUUGCUAUGGCCAAUGCGACGCUUAGGAAUGUUUCAAAUUUCAUCAGAGGAAGAUAAAAGAGGGGAAACGAAGAUAAGGCAAAAAAGGUUGGGUAACAACCAGACUAUUUAACUUGUCAAUCUCUGUUUUUUUAAAGACGGGAACACCCGUAAGUCCGUAACGUAAGCUCGGCUUGUAAAGGAGUUUUUCGUCUUAAACAUUCCUGAUUGGAAAAGAAAUUCCUACCGGUCCUACUAUCACAGUAUCGAGGGGCAUAAAUGACAAUAGUAAUGCCUCUAAAAUUACUUGAAGCAAUGACAUCUAUUAAAUCGGCAAGUAAUAAAUUAGGGACGUGCAGUCUCCACAGAAAUUUUUAUUAACAAAAAUAACAAAGCCUCGACCUCUGUCACAAGAUAGAUGUUUUUAUCACUUCGAAAUCAGUAGAAAGAUGCAAAGGUAAUCAGUUACGAAUCAAUGUCACCAUUUAGCCGGGUCUCUUGAAGGCAAGCCACUUUAGUUCUACUGUGAUGUUUGUCGAAUAAAGGUUACCCCAAAUCGUGAGCCUUGCUGAUGAUAGAACGACAAUUUGUCACCACGAAGCCAAGAACACUGUGCAUGACCAUCAAGCUUUUAAAGACUUAUGCCAAAUGCACAUACCAAGUUGUUAUAUGACGCACUUGCAUUAAGUGUUAACAUUAAUGUUAUAGGAUUAAGAAGAGUUUAUCGCAAUUAAUUUAUGCGCCUGAUCCUAACCAGCGAAACCAUGUUUUCUUGGACAUUCAGACGAUUUUGAAAAAAAGCAUUGCAAACCUGUGCAAUUUCAUUCGCUAAGGUGCACAAUAACGAACACAGAUUAUCCUUUGUUUGAAUAAGCCAAAAUUGCAUUGCCAUUUGGAAAACACUAAAACCCGGUACUUUUUUGCACACCAGUUUCCGCACACGCGUAGUUUAGAAACAAGAGUAGCAAAACACAACAAAUUGAACUAUAUGAUAAGUUUAAUAUGGCAUUUUGUUGUGCAGUCAUAAUUGUAGCAUGAAAACUAAAGGUGAAACUUAAAACCACAUAAAAAUGCAGUUUGUUCUAGUUGCGAUGGAAAAAUUACUGUUUUUAGCAGCUUAAAAGAAUGCAGACUGUCAUUCUGGACGAAGAUUAAUGUCAAAUACCUCAAAAAUAUUGGAUACUUUUCCAAUGUUUCUCAGACAAAGCAAAUAGACAACAAAUCAGUUUUCGACAUCAAGGUCUAAAUUUGGCAUGAACAUGACAGCCGACAUAUCGUCCACUGGGAAUUGCACGGUGAAGUACGUGACUGUGCAAUUUUCUGAAUGACGUCAUGUUUGUGAUGCAGGAUCAGUAAGGCUGGUGUCUCAGCCAGAAUACUUUGCUCAUGGAAACGACCCACUUCCGAAAAAAAGUGGCGAAACAUUAUAUUCAUAGUCAACAAAGUGCUCCAGAUCACAUGUCGAAACUGCGCUCCUUGCAAGACGUAAUUUUCAGACUUCUGAAAACCCUGGAUAGUCAUCGUCAGAGAAGGAGGUCGUUGCAAGGAGGUGAACUUAGCGCGUCAGAUGAUUGAUGCCCCUUAAACUGUGAGAACUAACUACAGGCUGAGAUUAAAUUAGGCGUCCUCAUAGUCUUCUAUUAGAAGAUCACCAUUGGCUGGAACUUCUGCCAAAGUUUUCACAACGUCCAAUCUCUUCGACUGCAUCAUUCCAAUGGAGUCGCAUGCUCGGUCUAAGAAGAUGUUUAACUCCUCACUUUGGGAGGCGCUAACAUCACUACUGAGGACAGGAAAGGCUCGGGUUUCGUGAUACGGCUAUUUCCCGCAUUAAAUGAGAGUGUGGGCUCAUCGGAAUUAUUAAUAUGAUUCUUGCAAAAAGAAACGCAGGUAACGUCCAGGGUUAAUGUUUUCCUUUAAAAUACCCUUGUUUUACUGACAUUAGUUGACACUCUAUGAGAGACACCAGAAAAUGUCUAUCGGGAAACGAUCAUGUUAAGAUAAAGUCUAAAAGCUUGUAGAUAUAAAGAGAAAUAGAGAGGAAUUCACUUUUUUUUCAAAUCAUAAACUUAAUCCUUUCAUCAAAAAGUUGGCUUUAUUUUCUAUAAGCAGUUAAUAAAUAGAUAUAUUAUUCCAGAGCCAAAACACUUAACACAAAAUAAGCGAUUUUUCUGAGGACAGUUCAAGCCUUAUCUUCUGCAUUUCCAUCUAUUCACACGUAAGAUAGCGCGCCAGAAAUAGCCAAACAGAAGUUCGAAAAGCUAAUGUGCGACAAGGCUUAAGGCAAAAACGCAGCUCUUCGGGCGGGUCGACUUCGCAGCAAAAAGAUCAUAAUGCAAGGAAAAGACAACGGCAGGUUUAAUCCGACCAGCAAAUUACUUGACCGAAGUGAAAUAUCGUUGUAGGAUAAUAUCUACUAAAAUGAUAAGGAAAACCAGCGGCAAAAGAGAGCAUUUGGAGGACUUAUUUUAAUAUUAGAAGAUGUUUAUUGAGCAUAGAAAGAAAAAUGACAGGUGAGCUUUAUAGGAUUAGAGGAGGAAUCCCGGCAUCGAUGAAUCGUCACACUAAAGGUUACAAUGUGUGUUAGGUGCGAAAACGACGAAUGUAAUAAAGAUGUUUACGGAGUUUAGUAAAUAGGACACACUAUGGAGGGAAAAUGAAAGAUGUUAUUACAAAGAAACGUCAAGGUACCUAAAAGAGUAUACCUCAUUAGGAAGAAUUUCAUGGGAUUCAAGACUAAGGGAGGGCCGCAGUCGGAAAAUACACUGAACUGUUUUUUUGUUGCUCAUUAGCAGACCAUUUUCUUCCGAGCAUACUACAACAUAGUUAGGUCAUCCUUUAGAGACUGGAGAACCAGCCUGCAAUGACGCACGCGAAUGUUUUGUUAAGGAGACGGCAUUGAAGGCGGAGGUGUAGUGAAGAAAAGUGCAUGCGUGCUCUCGGCACAACUUGUCUAAUUGUUUUAGAGCAGAUUCUACCACAAGAGCAACAGCAUCUAAAGAACAGCGUUUGCUUUUGUACGCAAAUUAUAAAGGGUGGAAAAACAUGGGAGAAGACGGCUUUAUAAUAUCUUGAACAACGCUUUCAGCAAACAUUAGUAGUGCGGAGGAGCAGACAAUUAUAUUAAGAAUUAGGACGAAAUUGAGUGAGCGUUUAGGAAUGGGAGUGAUUCGCUUUGUACUCAAUCUAUCAGUGUGCUUGAACUCCAUGGAAAACAUGUAACAUUGUGCGUUAAAAUAGGGGCUAUCUGAGAACAACAUGUUUUAACAAGAAAGGGCUAGACACCAUCCCGUCAGGCAGCUGAUGACCCACGGAAGCUUUUAAGGCGUUGCCAAACAAACGAGUCGGAAGUCACAUGAUAGGGGAACCUCAGCUAAGGCGAGAUGGUAGUCAUUGUGACUACACAUUAAAUUUUAAUUAAGGAGUCUAAAUCAGCAUCCACAUACACCACUAUGUUGCGAUGACAAGUAAGAUGUUUAACAUUCUUCUAAACCUCGGCAGAGGAAGGGGAAGAAACAGGGAGGAAGAAAAGGGGAAAAGUUUACUAACAAGUGGACGAUACAGCCCGUCAAUCUCUGUUCUUAUUAAGACGUUAAUGUCCUUCAGGCUUCCACGUAAGCCUAGCUUGAAACGCAGUUGUGCUUUCGUCUUACGAAUUUCAGAGAAGGGGUAAAAUUCUAUCUAGUCGUACAAUGACAGCAUAAAGAGGACAGUAAAUAUUAUAAGUUUCAUUUAAAUACGCUGUUAGGUUGGAAGAACACGAAUCAACAAUCGAUUGUUUAAGGAAAACGGGGUAGUAAAGCAAUGCAAGUAUGAAGCAGGCGAUUGUGUUAUGCGGACGUGUUGCGAACCUUUUCUUUUCUCACAGGCUUCGCUAGCAGUCCACAAUUAGGCUUUGAAUAGAUUUUCGGAAGAUAUUAUAAAGAAGAGUGUUAGGAAUCUGACAAUGGAGUCCUAUUUCAACGAGGAAAGCAUGCCGUGUUUAGUCAAAAUUUGAACGAGAGGGAUAUCUGCGCUAGUAUUAAGGGAGAAAAGAUCAAUUAGGUCCAACAAGUUUGAGGGAACGUACAUUUACGCGAUUUAAAUCACCGCAGAAUAGAAUAAUAUCUUCACAGGACAACAUAACCAGCAUUUUCAAAUAAAGUCGAAAAACCGGAUAAGACCUUUUUUAGAGGAAGAGGAAGAAUGUAAAUGCUAACACAUGUAAUGUCUUUUAAAGUACCCAACAGAAGGGGCUCAAAAAGAACAGCGAUGACAUCUAUUAAAUCAGCAGAGAAAGCAAAUAAUGUCUUACAGUCUCGAUAUCAAUGCUGAUUAAGAAAUAUAGCAACUACCUUAUAUCUGCCCUAAAGUAAAGAUUUCUCCUCCUUCCAAAAGCAGUAGAAAGAUACAGGAGUAAUAGGUUGCGAAUUAAUUUAACCACUUAACCACGUCUCUUGAAGGCAAACCACAUCUGUUUUACUGUGUUCUUUUUUCGACAAAGAUAGCUUCAAAUCGUAGGUUUUGUCAAAGAUAAAACAAACUUUUUGUCGACAAGAAAAGUGGAUUUAACAAUUUGCAACAUGGCUGACGCUUGAAAACGAGUUUCCAGCUGCAUAGGUUUUUGUGGACGCAAAUUUGAUAAAUUAUGCGCAAAACGAUUGCAACUGCGACAAAAUGGGUGGAAGGUGCAGCAGUUUGCAUCAUGGACAUCCGCCAGUGCUACGCUACGAUUAAAGUUUCUUCAAAUGUAUGUCAGCGUACUGUAGAGAAGACCUCAUAAUCUUAGUGCACACAAUUAAGAGAUGUGAAGCACUUCAAAAUAUCGAAGGGAAAUAGGCAGAGUAAUGUAGAAUUUUAGAAAAUCCAAACCUGAAUGGAGAGCAACUAAAAUAACGUCUCAAAACUAAAAAUCCGUCUGCAGAGUGUUGAAUGACGUUAUUUGUGUCUGGACUAUUCAGAUAUUAGCGAUUUGUAGACAUUUGACAAAAUACCAGUGUUUCCAGUUUAAUCUUUGACUUUUUGUAAUGGAUUUAAGUUGACGUGCAUAGUCAUUUAUUGGCAGAAUGUCACAUCAAAUCAGUUAAAAGUAUUUUAAAGUCAUUGCAAAGAAAGAGGUAGUUAAGGGGAGCAAACAGAACCAACUCCUUUCUAACGACAUAUCAGAAAGUACUUUACAGUUGAGCGAAAGCACACGUUUCUCAUAAUUCGUUGUGAGCAUUCAUUUUACAGCUACUCCCAGCUUAAUGUUUGAUAAGUUAGCAAGCAUAACCAAAGGGGGCACCUACACUAAAAUGGAUGCUCAAACAAGUCAUUUCAAUGAUGAUUUUCCGCACACAAAUAUUACAUUUUGAAGGUGUUACAGACGAUUUAAGAAUCUUUUUCUUUUCAAGCAACUAAUUAGGACAUCUGGAAAUUACAGUACGCUUACUGAAAUUUAAAGAGCCCCCUAUAAUUCUGCCAACUUAGUAGUAGAUAACAAGAGUAAAAUUUUUAAUAUAUAUAGAUAAUUGCAUGCUUAGGAUCUUGCCUGCUAAUCACAUUUGAAUAUAUUUCUCACUGAAUUCGAGAUAUCACUUAUUCCCAUACCGCUUCUAGCAGGGGGUUCACGCAGAAUGCAGUUUGCUGAAUUACGAGUAUCUCGAAAAUUCACCUCUAAACUGUAGCCUAAAAUCAAACAGCAUGCGCAUACCUAGGGAUUCUAACCCACAAAACCUUUGCAUAAAUGUGUAUACAGUAGGGAUUUUUCAGACUCUGUUACUUAUAUCUGUACACUUUUUAAAUUUAUUGCAUGACUGUUUGCAUGAACCUGGUAAAUCAGAGUUCAGUUAUAUAAGCGGAAUAGUCGCGUUUAAUCAUUUCCGCUUUUCUGAAGAUUACUAUUUCUUACUCAUUAAUUUGCAGUCAAAAUAUUUUUCCAAUUGUUACUUAAAAAAGGUCCUCCAUUAUUAGUCAGUGGCCUUGGUGGAUGUAGGUGGACUGGUUUUCGAAUGAUCAAAUCCUAUUCGCCAGGUAAGACAAAUUUAUAUCACAUCAGAUAAUGCGGAUCGGAAUUUGACACAUUUCCCUACAAAAUAAUUGAAAAAAAAUAGUUUCGUCAUUUCUUAAUGUAUAAGACAGCCUAGAUUAAGAGCAUAUAUCAGCCUCAUAGGCGGGGUACCAUAGCUAGUUGUAAUUCAGUACGAAUCCUCCUACUCAGCAUCGAAGAGAGACGUUCGUCGGCGUCUUGCUUAAACCCCUGAAUGUGCUUCUACUUGAAGGAUGUCUUCCAUAAACAGAGUUGGAAAUUUGAAAAAUAUUAUGGAGUGCAAAAGUUAGGAAAAUAACCAAGAAAAAAAAUCUGUCUUUGCAACGAGUUCAUUUAUUUGAUAGAGACAUUUGAUACAGUGAAUCAUGCUGUCCUCUGAACGAUCAUGUCGAGGGCUUAAGUCACAGACUGCGGGCCAGUCUCUGAAGCUUUUGCCAGGAUUGACGGAUAAGGCGGGAGGUCUACCCAUACACACCCUAUUCAGUCUCAUUUGCGUUCGUCGUGCUGAUGGACAUUUACGGUGAGGAGCAAUGAUUUGGCCACACGAAGCGGUCUGCGAGUUAUCAAAGGCUAGUAUCUAGUAUCACGAAUAAGCGCAUGCCAAACAUUAGAACGAAAGAAGAUGAGCAACGGACUUCGGAUCUCGUCGUCUUCGCCUGUUCCAAAUGGGACACAGAGAAUAUAGUGGUUCUGCCUCGACUGGGACCAAAUACCUACUACACCGAACUGCAUCUUGAUGUUGGUGUUACCGCACACGGUAGUGGGAGACCCGCAUAACCCAGGUGCAUACGUAAGCUGAUUCUUUAUCUAGUUCUCCUUCACGCUUAUCCUAUGUAAUACCGUUGGUGUUGGCGUAAGGGUUAGAAAAUUGUCUUAGGGUUGAUCUUUAACUGUUGCAUCAGUACUACGGAAUAAGUAACUUUGCUAAUAAGGCGAUCAAUUUCACUUACGCCUUUGGUCAAGACCAUAACAUUGUUCGGAUUUUCCGUGACAGCGUAAAUUCUCAUCACCGACUGGAAUCAGUUUGUCUGAAAUAUUUGAUCAAUGCCCUUGAUUUUCAUCUUCCCAUCUAUGUACAAAUCUUUAUUUCUGGUAUUUCAAAGUCGUUCUGUUUUCUUUACGCGUACAAUGACAAAUCACCGAUUUAUAGUAAUCAGCGUAAUUAGACUCCACCUUGCUGAUAUAGAGGCAGCGUUGAAACAUAUCACUUCCUACCCGAAGAAUCAGAUCUUCGUCUUCGUUUCAAACACAUUUCAAUCCAGAACCCAAAUCAUAAAGUAGAAAGCACUACUGCAAUCAUACUUGGCAUGGAUAGGAAUUUCCUCCGCACUGAGGCAAUAAACUAAGCUUAUCAGUUAAAAGUCACUUAAGGUCAUUGCAAAGGAAAGAGGUAGUUAAGGGGAGCAAACAGAACCAACUCCUUUCUAACAUCCCCGGCACUGUUUGAUACAUAUGAGGACGAGAUUGGAAGUAGAGAUCUAACUUCGUCAUGACCAAGCCUAACCAGACAUCGUCAAUCGGAAAUUGAAGGGUGAAGUACAUAGCUAGCGCAAUUUCCUGAAGAACGUCAGCCCCAAGGACGCAAAAGUUGCCAGGGCCAAAAGGAGCGUGGUAAGGCCAAGGUAGCUCGCGUUUGGACACAGACCACUUUUCGUAAGCCCUUGAAUCCAAAUGACGAACUGCCCUUUAAUGAUUUCGUGGCAAGUUCCAAGUCACUCGUCGAAUUUGCUCGUCAGUGAGGGCGUCCAGCUCAGCCUUUAGAAGGCUUGCAUUGAAGGCAAAGUCAUCGUCAAGUUGGAUGAAGACGGCAGGUCGUGUUUGGGAAGUGAAAUGUGCGCGACAAGAUUGAGAGGCCCAUUGAAAUGUGUGAAACAAUUUGAGAGUGAGGUUAAAGUAGGUGUCCUCGUAGUCACCAAGUAGAAUGUCACCGUUGACUCUGGCUUCUUCUGUCAGAUUUCUCAGAACUUCUGACCUCUACGUCUUCAUCUUCUCCAUGGCCUCACCUGCCCGAUCUGGCAGUGAGAUGUUGAAUCCAUCACGCUGGAAGAACCGACCUCCGCUGCUACGGGGUAGACCCACGGAGAAGACCACAGCCAUGCGAAAUUCCGGUUCACGCUGA